AGAGCCACAUAUACGCAGCUAGGCUUUCUAAGCAUCCCUUUCUUCAAAACGGCGCUGCUAGAGAAAACUCUUUAAAACCGGAGAGCUCAGUUUGAUCUCGGAGGAAUCGCAGCCAUGGCGGAGAAAGCAGUCACCAUCAGGACAAGGAAGUUCAUGACCAACAGGCUUCUCUCCAGGAAACAGUUUGUUAUUGAUGUUCUUCACCCAGGAAGAGCCAAUGUCUCAAAGGCUGAGCUAAAGGAGAAGUUGGCAAGGAUGUACGAGGUCAAGGACCCAAAUGCAAUCUUUGUAUUCAAAUUCAGAACCCAUUUUGGAGGUGGUAAAUCAUCUGGGUUUGGUUUGAUCUAUGACAAUGUCGAGAGUGCAAAGAAGUUCGAGCCUAAGUACAGGCUCAUCAGGAAUGGGCUUGACACCAAGAUUGAGAAAUCAAGGAAACAGAUUAAGGAGAGAAAGAACAGAGCCAAGAAAAUCCGUGGUGUUAAGAAGACCAAGGCUGGUGACCCCAAGAAGAAGUAAGCUUGCUGAAGAGAGCUUGCAGGAGGAGCAAGGGUUGUUGUACUCUGCAGUGUAUCCCUUGUUUAUGGCCCAUGUUUACUAUUAGUUAUCAUCUAAUUCGAUUUUGUGGUUUGCCAUUGUCACACUCGUUUUGUCUCGGUUUGGAUUAUAUGCUUUAAAGCUUUAGAGAACCAAUGUGCUAAGAUUUUGCUGAAUACAUUUUCAAACUUUUUCUC